AUGGUUCCUAGGAAACCUGCGGAUAACAUGGGCAUCAUGGCCUACUACAUACGCAUCGUCACGCUCUGGAAACGCGCCAGCACCUAUGCCUCCAAGCCCGAUACCGGUCCCGCGCCGUGGAUGCCCAGCAGCGAGUUUGCCGCUUUGGACGCGCACAUGUCGCGAUGGAGGCGAGAGCUGCCCGAAUUUGUGGAAUACUCCCCGGACACCAUCUACGCAAGGCUGGACUCGAACCAACUGGGUGCGCUGAUGCUGAUCCACUGCACCUAUCAUCACGCUUAUCUAGAGCUGUACAAGGUCGCCUUGCCUGAGCUGUACAGCCUGCCAAACUCACCCAGUUUCCCGCCAGAGCAGAGUGAGGCCCGGCAAGCAUUGCAGGCCGAAGGCUACUUUCAUGCGCGACAGAUUUCACGUCUACUUGUUGAGGCAGCGGAGCACGGUCCAAGGCUUCUCAGCGACGCCGCGCUGCCAUGGUUCGCCCUCGAGAGCAGCCGGGUGAUGUUGUACUAUGUUGCGCGGAUCUUGCCGGUUGGCAGGGCCGAUGUCAGCGAGAGGGUCAAGGAGGCCGUCGAAUCAACCGAAGCCAACGUGGAAUUGCUUAAGAUGAUGGGGGCGCUAUUUCCUGUAUCGACUUUAUAUGCCAGCACAGUGAGCAGGUGGCUGUCUAAGAUGCGCCAAGGCGUCCGAGAUCUAUCACCACGCACGGCGGAAGAACAUGUUGGCUUACCAGAUACCGAGAUUUCCUCUUUUACCACACCUCAGAAAGCGCUGUCAGGGUUUACCCUACCGCCCGUUACCUUCCACUAUGAUCACGCCAAUGGCCCCCAGAUGUGUUCGUCGAUUCACCCCAUGUCGACUACGACGACUGCUAUACCAAGCAAUGCUACCAGCAGUCCGCCACAUUGGGAUACUGCGCAGCAUCUUGUGGAUUUGAGCAGAGGCCACACGCCGCCCAAGGGUUGUGGCCUGUGCGAGAGCUUGGAUCUGGACGAUUUGCGGAACUUUUCGAGGGAGGAUAUGCUAGUGUUGCGUUACGGCAGUGUUGCGAGCAAUGAGUUAGAAAGCGAUACCGAGACAUCGCGCCCCGCGACACGCGACAUUCCAGAAGCGCACACCUCCCAUCUCACUGGGAGAACGCACCACGCACGCAUCGUCACCAGCUUCAUCGCGCGCGCCACCAUGGACACGAGCUACCUGGCGCAGCAGGUUAACUCGAGCGUAGCCCAGCUGCAUGGCCUAUUCGACGAGAUUGGCGUGCCCAGCCACGAGCGCGAAGCACGCGAAGCCGAGCUUUUCGAAUCGCUCUCAGAGGCCCUAGAAGGCCAAGUCCGCCAUGUCAAUGCCGAGAAGAAGGAGAUGGUCGAAGAAGCCAAGAAGAUCAUCAUAGCCAUCCAUCAGAUGGAGACAUCGCUCGACGACUCGAAACGAAGUCGCGACGAUGACAGCAUGCAAAUCACCUAUCCUCUCAACCGGUGCCUAGCGCACCUCAAGGAGAAGCACCAGCAGAUCCAGCGCCUACACAGAGAGCGCUUCGAGCAGGUCAAGAAACUUGUCGAGGCUCUCGAGUCCUACUCGUCGCACUUGGAACCUACCUUUGUCCAGAUCGCUCUCCCACCCACCAGUCCCAAUGCCUCGAUUCCGCCGACGUUUGAUCUCUCGCCUAGCUAUGUAGACCGCCUUGAUGUCGAGUUCACCCGCGUCUACGAAGAAUACACACAGCGGAUCGCCACUGUACAGAGUCUAGCCAACAGUAUCAUUUCACUCUGGGCAGAGCUUGGCAUCCCUCAGGCUCAGCAGGACGGUGCCAUAGUAAAGUACUACCGCGAAUCGCCAGAGCAGCUCGGUCUGCACGAGGAGGAUCUCGCUCGACUCCUCGCUAAGCGCGACAAGUUGUCGGAAGAGAAGAAGAACCGCGAGAAGAAGCUGCAGAGUCUCAAGGCCGCCGUGGAGACCCUCUGGAUCAAGCUCGACGUCGACGCUGGCGAGACCAAGGCUUUCCUCAACGCGAACCGCGGCUGCGGCGUUCGACAGAUCAAUGAAUUCGAGGAUGAGCUCGUCAGGCUCAAUGAGCUCAAGCGACAAAACCUGCACCUGUUCGUGGAGGAUUCUCGGGUCAAGCUUCAGGAACUCUGGGACUCGCUGUAUUUUUCCGAGGACGAGAUGCUCGAGUUCACACCUGCCUUUUCAGACGUCUACAGCGAUGCCCUGCUCGAGGCUCACGAGAGGGAGAUUGCGCGGCUGGAGGCGCUCAAGGAGCAGCGCGCACCCACUCUGUCGCUGAUUGACCGCCACAAGUCUCUCAUCAAAGAGCGCGACGACCUUGCCACAUCGAGCCAGGAUGCCUCGCGGCUCAUGGCACGAGGACAGAAGGGCGAAAAACGUGACCCUGGCAAACUUCUUCGCGAGGAGAAGAUGCGCAAGCGCAUUGCCAAGGAAUUGCCCAAGAUCACGGCUGAAUUGCGUAAGAUUCUCGAGAAAUGGGAGGACGAGUACGACCGACCGUUCUUGGUCUUUGGAGAGCGCUACCUGGAUGAGAUUGAGGCGGGCGAGGCGAAGAGGACCGCCGCACCUGGACCUCGCUCCAAGACACCUGCCGGGCCACCGGCGUCCGCAGUCAAAGCGGCGCCCAAAUCUGUGCAAAGCUGCACCGUCACGAGACAGAUCCCGCCGAGGUCGAUGACUAAGACACCCACCUCCACAUACAGAAAGACGCCCGCGAAGCCUGCGGCGGCACAGCCCAGCGGCAAGGCCAGCCCUAGCAGGAUUCCUGCCCGCGCGCCGCUAUCGAAUCUCAAGCACGGCAACAACUCGCCCGAGAGGGCACGUCCAGAGUCAAGGAGUGAUCUGCAUAGGAACGGGGCACCCAUGAGGGCACCGCCACCAAAGAUGCGCGACCUGCGCUCUGUGCCCGAGCUGGAGACGCCCAGGAAUCCGUACAAGGGUGCCGGCAUCGCGGGAAGCAUUGUGCGCCACACAGAGCCGGAGGAUGUCUACGACGACAGACCCAAGGUCUUGCGUGGGUUGUCCGGCACCAGUUCACAUUCGAAUGGGUCGUCAUCUUAUCACAACCAGCCCUCGUACUACGAGGACUCCUACGACUCGAGAUACAACGACCCCUAUGCCACCGUCCGCGCACCUGCCUCGCGGGCACCAGCCAUUUACAGCACCUCGUCGGGGUCGUCGAGGCAAAUAUCUCAGUCAUCCACGCAGAUUUCUGGCUCAGAAAACUGGGAGACCUUUGACGACAACUCGGAACCCGAACCCGACGCCUCGGACGCAUACUACGCCAAGCUGCGGGCGGCGCGGAACAAGCGCCUGCACGAGGGUGCCCACGAAGCGUUCCGCCCGGAUAGCAGCCAGGGCAGCAAACGCAUGCGAGGGCCGACGACAGUGAGUGCUGUGAUGGUGGACGCCGACGGAAACAGAAUCGUCUCGGGGAGCGAGUGGACGGACGAGGAUGCGUACUAA